GGUUCUGCUGCAGACGGACUAUAAAAGCCUGCAGGAUCUGGUUCUGCUGCAGACGGACUCUAAAAGCUGCAGGAUCUGGUUCUGCUGCAGACGGACUCUAAAAGCUGCAGGAUCUGGUUCUGCUGCAGACGGACUAUAAAAGCCUGCAGGAUCUGGUUCUGCUGCAGACGGACUAUAAAAGCCUGCAGGAUCUGGUUCUGCUGCAGACGGACUCUAAAAGACUGCAGGAUCUGGUUCUGCUGCAGACGGACUAUAAAAGCCUGCAGGAUCUGGUUCUGCUGCAGACGGACUAUAAAAGCCUGCAGGAUCUGGUUCUGCUGCAGACGGACCGAGACUCAGCAUGGCCCAGAAGACGGCUCUGAUCGUUUACGCCCACCAGAGUCCGGGCUCCUUCAACGCCGCUGCCAGAGACGUGGCGGUGGAGGAACUGACCUCCCAGGGGUUCAAGGUCGCCGUGUCCGACCUCUACGCCAUGAACUUCAGGUCCAGCACCACGAGGGACGACGUCAUCGGGGAGCUGAAGAACCCGGACCUGUUCCAGUACGGGGAGGAAACCAUGCUCGCCUGGAUGGAGAGUCGGCUCAGCGACGACAUCGUGGCCGAGCAGAGGAAGGUGGAGGAAGCCGAGCUCGUCAUCUUCCAGUUCCCCCUCUACUGGUUCAGCGUUCCUGCCAUCCUGAAGGGCUGGAUGGACCGAGUUCUGACCCAAGGAUUCGCUUUCUCCCUCCAGAAGAUGUACAACCACGGAGUGUUCAAGGAUAAAAAGGCCGUAUUAUCUUUCACCACCGGAGCAACUUCCUCCAUGUUCCAGCCUGACGGCAUCAACGGAGACAUCAACGUGGCUCUGUGGCCCCUGCAGAACGGGACUCUCCACUUCUGCGGGUUCCGGGUUCUGGCUCCUCAGAUCUUCUGGGGUCCGGCUCACUGUCCGGCCGGCGUGAGAACCGCCAUGCUAGCGGGGUGGCGGUCGCGCCUGAAGGGGCUGCUAGCGGAGCCGCCGUUGACCUUUGCCCCCUGCGAGCUGUUCGACCUGAGCUUCCAGGGCGGGUUCCUGCUCCGGCCUGAGGUGAAGGAGGAGCUGGCGCCGCAGCGCUACGGCAUCACCACCGGACACCACCUGGGGAAGCCGCUGCCGCCGGACAACCAGACCAAAGCUAAGCCCCCUGACAACUAGAGGCCCCGCCCCCUGACAACUAGAGGCCCC